CAAAAUGGAGCUCGAGGCCAUGAGUAGGUACACCAGCCCGGUCAACCCGGCUGUCUUCCCACACCUGACUGUGGUACUUCUGGCCAUCGGCAUGUUCUUCACCGCCUGGUUCUUCGUUUACGAGGUCACCUCCACCAAGUACACACGUGAUAUUUACAAAGAGCUCCUCAUCUCCUUGGUGGCCUCACUCUUCAUGGGUUUUGGAGUCCUCUUCCUCCUGCUCUGGGUUGGCAUCUACGUAUGAGUCCCCAAGGGUACCCACCAGGCAGCUUCACCAAGUCCCUGCUUUUGUAAAUUAAUUUUUUACCAUUGCUACAAGUGUCCCACCUGCUGUUUACAAUAAAGACAGAUGUGUGACAGA